GAGUGAUUCUGCCUCCUAGCUCCCUAUUCCCGUGAGCACGAGUGAUUCUGUUCUGUACUCCAGUCAGUGACCAGUGAUCAGUGAUCAGGAUCAGUGAUCAGAUAGAUAUUCCGCCAUUUAAUUCUCGACGUGUAUGUUGUUCUGUGCCUCCUGCUAGCUCGCCGCUUCAGGGCAGUCUGCGAGUAGGAAUGCCACCGCGUCGCUAUUUCGCCCCGUGCGAAACGCCUGGUCCUGCUCGCAGAGUCAUCGCUUGACCUAUUUUCCCCAGUGCCUGUUCGAGCAUUCGAACUCCUCCCCAGAAAAAUCCCGAGCCCUUGUCGCUCUCGGUCUUCUUUCACUGUUCAAAUUUCCCGAACGACGUCGCCAGGGUUCCUUCCAAAUACCCGUCUCGGUCUUAUUUUCCUGGGGCUUAGCUCGAUUCACGACACCAGUCCGACGCGACUAGUCCGUGCGCCUCUAAUUCCCCUCCCUUCGCCUCGACGCGUGUCGCUUUUGAGACGUCUCGGACAAGCCGCUUUGUCAGAUGGCCAGCGUGGCAGCGGCGAUCAACAGGGCGUCGUCGUCGAAAGUCGACGCGGCGCUCUGGUGGUCCCCACACGGCGCCUUGCUGGCGAGACUCGAGGCGAUUGACAGCGGGGAAACGGACAGCGCUGCUGGUGAUGAUGGUGGUGGGGAUGGAGGUCGCGACUUGGUCAGGAGCCUAUCAGAGCAUCACACGUGGCUGCUGCAUGGCUUGGCGCGCUUCAAGCCUCCCAGCAGCCGGUCACGAGACGCCAUAGGCGCUGCUCGCCUGGAAGUGGGAGUAGGAGCAACAGCAGGCGCAGAGCAAGUGACUAUCCCUGUGGUGGGACGGCUGAGGGAAGCUGCUGUGGCUGCAAGCGCUGUGCUAGGCUUGGACGAAAUGCAGGCGUACUUUCUGGUGGAUAGGGCGGCAGGAGGGGAGAGGGCAGUGGUGGGGGAAGCAGAGGGGGAGGGCGAGGGGAAGGGAGCAGGGCUCGGAGUGGAGAAGAGGGGGAGGUUGGAGGGGAAGGCAGCGCAGCAGAGAUUGGUGCAGGAGGCUGCGGCAUUGUAUCGAGAGGAGAGGCAGAAUCUGCUCAAGUGCGUACGGCUGCUGCUAGUGAUGCAAGCUGACGCCUCCUCCCCCCACGCUUCUGCCAUUGAGGGGGAGGUGAGAGCGCUGCUGGACGAGGGUCUCCUGUCAAACGCCAUGGCUCAGCUCAGAGCGCUCCCACGAUUUGAACCGCCCAAGGCGCUGGAUCGUGCAGGGGUGGCAGAGUGGGCCGAGGCAUCCUCGUUAGAAGCCUGCUUGCUACUAGACAUUCUCAUCCUUAUCGCCUCAAGUAAUGGCUGCAGCGCCGCUGUCGUCCUCGAUAUAGUCACACUCGUCCAGGGACUCGAGGAGGAGCUGGGUGGAGGAGGGGAGAUAGGCUUGGCUGGCGUCAUGCCUGUGGUUGGGACUGGGAGCAGUGCUGCUGCAGGAGCAGGGUUGGACGUGUCCCCUGUGCUGCUCGCCUGGGGUCUCUUCCGCUUGCUGCUGCAGUGGCUGCCAGAUUCCUCGCAGCUACCGGCGUGUGUGAGGGCGCUCCUCCAUCUCCACUCCUCGCCACUUGUUGCAGCUGCAACGGCCAAUGGGCUGCUGCCACAUGGCAUGACAGUGGACCCCACUGCGCUUAUCACAGCAAUACUGGACGCAGCUACUCUGACUGCUGCUGCCUGCUGCCUCCGCAUGCUUGCUGCCUUUGCUCUCCUACCAUCAAUCGCCCACCCUUUGCCUGUGCGUCGUACCUGAUUGUGGUUGUUUCUGCUGCAAUAAACUAUGGACUGGUGAUUCGACCUGAUUGUUGUUGUUCUUUGAGUGGGGAACGCCUGGCCUUUUGUCUCAGCCUCAGAACUCCAUGCCAUUUCGUUUU